UUUGAACUGAUGGCGGCGGAGCCCCGGAGGCUCUGAUGCGCUCGGCCACCGCGCUCUCUCGGGCUUAGCAGAGGCGGCGGAGCUUGGACCCUCGCGGCCAACUAUGGGCCCGCGCCGCAAGCCGAGGACCCCGACAAGGCGCUCCUCCAGCCCGGUCCCCGGGCCCUCGCGACACAGCUCCCAUCUAGGCAGGAGGCGGAAACUUCUGUGGAUGAAGGAGAUAAAGAAACUGCAGAAGAGCACAGACCUCCUGCUAAGGAAGCAGCCCUUCAGCCGCGUCGUAAGAGAAAUUUGUGGGAAAUUCACUCGAGGUGUGGACCUAUAUUGGCAAGCCCAGGCCUUGUUGGCCCUACAAGAGGCAGCAGAAGCAUUUCUAGUUCACCUCUUUGAGGACGCCUAUCUCCUCACCUUACAUGCCAACCGAGUCACCCUCUUCCCCAAGGACAUUCAGCUGACCAGGAGGAUCCGAGGCAUUGAGGGAGGACUCGGCUGAGCCGGCAGUGUGCUGUGUGUCCAGCCUACACAUGGGACCUUCUGGAGCCACAGUGAGACCAUGAUGUCUGAGGAGCUGCCUGGACUCAGCUGGUUUUGAACAGCAUGCACACAUUGACCGUUAAACUUUCUAAAGAGGAGAAGACUAUGGCUUUUCUCUGUGGCAGAGAGGGGAAAUGACCAUCUGCAUACGUUCAUGGACAUGAGUCUUUGCAGACCACAGGUCAGCUUUGGCUUGUGAACUGCUCAACCACGACUGUUUACGGGUUUUGGACACAUGAGAUCUGCCGCGUUAGGAGGGGAUAGUGUUAUUUUAGUCUUUCUGGUCCAUGUGCAUCUUUUACUAUGUGUGUAUUUGUACUUUCAUUUAGAAUAUAAGGGAGAAAAAUCUGGGUGAAAUGUUUGAGUCUGUUGUACGGAAAGCCCUGGCAGUUCCUCGCUAGUACCUGUCAGCAAGCUUUCAGCUCUUCAGAACCUAACUAGAACUGAAUACAAAUCUUCCUUCCUUCCCUUCGAUGCUGGGGCUUGAGUGUAAGCUUUGUCCGUGCUAAGUGUGAACUAUACUGUUGAGCCAUAUCCAUAGCCUGAAGUGUACAGUCUUUCUGAUUCUUACCAGUAAAUUCCUGUCAAAAUCAUCCAGAAAGUCCCUGGUAGGACUGGACAUUGUAUUCUUAGCUGUAAAUCAUAUAAAAUGUAUCAUGUCAGUCUGGAAUGUUAAAAUGUGUUUUCAUAUUUUUACAGAUGUUUCUUUUUAGCUUAUUUGGGGAGAGGUAAUAAAAAUUUCUUAAUGAAAAAAUUAAAAUAAAGUUACUGCCCUAGGUGUUACAAGC